AUGGAGACGUUCGCAAAGUCCUUGCUUCUGCCUCUUCCCACAAGCAAAAUAGGUGCCAAUGGCGGACUUGCUGGAAGCGAUAUUAAGGUUAUCAACAAAACAGACCGCUCAGCAAGUAUCACCGGUAUCAACAACCACACUCUGCCUGAUUUGGACAUUGUCACCGCUGCUGGCCUUGUCAAAUCCCAGAACGGACCCAUUAUUGUCAUACUACCUCAGUAUGCCCAUCAUGGAAAAGGAAAAACUAUCGAUUCUAGUGCACAACUCGAGUACUACAAGAACAUUGUUGAAGACCAAUCUUGUGUACUUGGAGGUAAACAACGCAUUGUAACCCUAGAUGAAUAUGUUAAUCCUCUACAUGUGCGUCAAGGACUUGCAUACAUGGACAUGCACCCUCCUUCCGAUGCAGAGUUUGAUACACUUCCCCAUGUUGUACUUACUUCUGAUGUCAAUUGGGACCCGUCCAUCAUUGACAAUGAGAUUGACCUUGCCACGGAUUGGUAUGAUACUGUUCAGGAUCUCCCAAACAACCCAUAUGUUGAACCUUGUUUCAAUUCAAUUGGGGACUACCGGCAUAGACAUGUUGCAAAUUUUGACAUAUGUUCGUCCCCUGAGAUCAUUGCCCGUUCCACUGCUAUUGACAGUAUACUCUCAUCAAAUAAGCACAACAUGGUUCGAAAUGAACGCAAUUACGAAGCCUUGCACACUUGUCUUUGUUGGCUCUCUACCGACACAGUCAAGAAAACGAUCGUGGCCACCACGCAAUUUGCUCGAAAAGUAUAUAGUGCACCCAUGCGUAAACAUUUCAACAACCGCGCCAAGGCCGAAAUCAGCAAGAAAGUCUCCGACAUUGCGCGUCCCUAUAACAUUGAUCAAUGGCAAAACCCUACUUUUCCUUCCAACGGAACUGAAAAGAAAGGACAAUUUGUUGGAGUUGCGGACUCCGUUGGUGGUGCUCUUACCUAUAAGAUACUCACCAAUGACUCCCACAAGAUCCUUUUCCAAUCUAGCGUUAGAUCUGCUUUAAAAACUAGUGAAACCAACUUGCACCUUGAACCACAUCAACGGGAGAGUUCUCCUAAGCCUAUCAACUUCAUUAAGUCGCUUAGAACUCAGGACGAAAAUUCAUAUGUGCUCCAUAUGCUACCUGGUUUCACCCCGGAUGAUCUCAUCGGACGCACGUCUUUAACGGACACUCAGGAUAAUGGGGAGCGUUUUCGGGCACGUAUCGCCAGGAAAAUUCUUGAUCCUGACAAACCGCAUGACAUUUGA